AUGCACUGGAAGACUCUACGAACUGCUCUAUUUUCCAGCUUAUUUAAACACAUCAGUGUGCAAGCUGGAGCUAUACAGGAGGGGACAGGGGAGAAAAACCUUGACAGCAUCUCUCAGGAAACGUGUGCCCCGUGGAUGUCCACAGCUGAGGCUGCCGGAGGAGAGGGCUCAUGCCUCAAGCUGGGCUGGCUGCAUGCCAGGGAGCUUGGCUCUUUGCCAUGCUGAUGAAGACCUUGUCGCUGCCUUGCUGAAAGCCGCGUCCCUUCAAGGACUUUGCACACCACCAUGCCAGCCCAGCAGAAGAAAAUUAUCUUUUGCAUAGCCGGGGUGCUGAGCUUUGCUUGUGCGCUGGGGACCGCAGCAGCCAUCGGCACACAGCUGUGGGUUAAGGGGACGAUACUCUGCAAGACGGGAGCGCUGCUUGUCAACGCCACCGGCCAGGAGCUGGAGAAGUUUAUUGGCAAAAUCCAGUAUGGGCUUUUCUAUGGCGAGCGUGUGAGACAGUGUGGGCUCGGGGGGAGACCUUUCCAGUUUUCAUUUUUUCCAGAUUUGCUCAAAAUUAUCCCUGCAAGUAUCCAUGUUGGUGUCAUUCUCUUCUGUACAGUACUGAUAGUCUUUGCUCUGGUGGGAGCAGGUUUCUUCAUGUUCAAUGCUUUUGGCAGCCCUUAUGAAACCCUGCACGGCCCCAUCGGGUUGUACCUCUGGAGCUUCAUUGCGUGUUCCUGCGGUUGCCUCAUCAUGAUUCUUUUCUCUUCAGAGGUGAAGAUACACCACCUUUCAGAGAAAAUUGCUAAUUUCAAAGAGGGAAGUUUUACAUUCAAGACUCACAGAGAGCAGUUUGCAAACUCGUUCUGGAUCAUCCUGGUUUGCUCUCUGGUGCACUUCCUGAAUGCCUUGCUAAUACGAUUUGCUGGAUUUGAAUUUCCCUUUUCAAAAUCAAAAGAUUCAGGAACAACCACUGGAGCGGUUGACCUGAUGUAUUAGAACUACAUAGUUAAGAACAUUUCAAGCCAUGAGGUUCAUCACUACUACAUUCAACAGCCACCAGGUGUACUAACUUGUAAAUGAUUAAAGAUGUUAAAAGAAGUGAAGGUUUCAAAUAAACAGCAACAUGGCAUAUGCAGUAAACUAAAGAAGACAAGCUAUUUGGUAAUGUCUAGAUUAAAAUUCCUUCUCUUUCUUGGGGUAAGACCUAAGACAUUUGCCUUUUUUUCCAGUAAGUUAUUUGAAAAGUAGCUGGUGCAAAGAAAACCAGUAAUAUCAAUAGCGUUGAACAGGAUCUGGAAAAUAAAAGGAACAAGUUGCAGUAGAGGCACACACUAUCACCAGCAGCAGUUUUGCCCUUUACCCCUUGUGAAGGCAAGGAUGCAGUUGUUACUGCGUCAGGGCACUGGAGAACAAGGACGCUCAGCAAAUCUACAGGUAUCAAACGAGAAAAGAAAGUGUACAGGCUUUGCUCCUAACACGCAUCAGGCUCCGUCUCAAAAGCACAACACUCAGAGGGAACACAGUGCUACAGCAGGUGCUUGCGGGACAAAAGCCAAACACCUGAAUCCACCAUGAGCACUUUAACCUGCAUGGCAGCAUCAUCAUUUCUGUCCAUAAAGCUCUCUUUUGGGUUUUUUAGUUUUAACAAACUCAACUGUAACUCUUUGGCCCUGAAGCCACAAAAGACAUCCCUGCCCCACACAAUCACUGUAGCUGGGGGCUUUACUGGCUUGGUUAGAGCACCGUGCCCAGCAAAGCGGGUUGUAGAGAAGAUGCAACAUACUCUGUCCUGCUUGCCCGAGGGAGGCAGCCUGGCUUGGUGCUGCUGAACGCUCCCUGCAACACACCAAGGCAAAGAACAUUUCCCAGAACAAAGUGACAAGAACAAGACCAAGCACCCUUCCCACUGCACCGCACCCUCCCAAAGCCUCAUGGGCAGAAGCAUGAAGAACCUUGCCCAGAAACAGCCCUGCAAACACUCCCUCAUCAAGUAACACAAAUAAACAAAGUCAAAACCUUUGGCAAAGGGCAGCAAUGGAAUAGCACAACAGACAAGUUUCCAAGGCAUGCCACAGCUCAGCAGAGACCGAUGAAGAAAUAACAUGAGGUUCUCUACCCCAAGGAGUGCAGGAAGCCAGAACGGACAAACACAUCAGCACUUGCACCCUUAAGCAUCGGCAAGGUGGUUAAAGCAACCGGACCACUCAUCCUAGGUACAGCUAAACCAGCCCUGUUACAGACAGACAGAUCAAAAGAGCAUUAACACCACCAAACACUACCUCCUCGGGAUUAUGCAGAUGAUGUAGUGCUCAUCACAGGACAUAAAAACAACACUGAAAGCAAAUACAAGAGGUGCACAGAGAGAACACUGCUGCCCCAGCUGCCCAUAUAUACGCAGGGGCUGCAGGCUGCUUCUGCACAGCUGCAGCUGAGGAGCAAUCAUCCCACUCGGCACCCACUGCGUCACCUGUGCUGAAUAUCAAGCCCAGGCACCUGUUAGCAUUCACCUCUGAAAAAACUAUAUGCUCCAAGCUCCAGCAACUUGCAAGGUGACCUCACUGACUUUUAUGCUAUUUUUUUAUACUUUUACUACAAAUGGCAAAACAUUGCUGGUUUUUUUUGUAAAAGUUUUGUAAGUUAUACCACUACUCCACAAAUCCUUUCACAAAGCAGCUCUGCCUCCUCAUGGUGUAUCACAUCUCCCUAGAUUAUGACACUGUGUAAGGGCUACUGCAAGUUGCCACAACCCCCAACUUUUUUUCAUCAUUUUCUUCUUACUUGAUAUGCAUAUUCUUCCUAAUGUGUCUUAACACAUGAUUUGUAUUACAACUCAUGGAAUUGUUUACUAUACAGCAAACAAUGAGGAGUAACACUUCAUCCUUCUUGCUCCUGAUGCAUCAUGAAGCUGCUCUGUUUUGCAGCUCUGUAGCAGCUUCAGCAAUCCCUGGCACAUGCCAUCAGAUGCACAGCCUGCUCACAUCUGUGCGGCUAAGCGAUACUUGCCAGUCCUGAAGAAGGAGUUGGCCCAUAUGUGUAAAAUACAGAGUUGCACAGAAGAUAAACCCAUUCCCACCCCUUUUGCUCUGCAGCUCAUGACUCGGGAUCCAGGGGCUUUCAUGGGGGGAUCACCUCACAAAGAGCCCAGCUCCACCACUCCCCCCACAUCCCACCUCACUUACGAACAUGAGCCCAGCUGUUAUUUUCAUUCAUAUCCAGUUCCUGAGGCAAACAUAACAAUUCUUAAUAGCAAAAUAAAAUGAAGACAAUAUUUGUGUGUUUGACCAGCUGAAAGUAACAGUUGGAACAAGCGUGACCUGCUCAGCCUGUACUCCUGGAUGAGCACCAGCACAUUUCCUGUGGCUCACCUGUAAUCAAUGAGCAUUAGCUAAAGAAGUUUUGCCUGCUUCAUUUCUAGACUAGCAUAUUUCAUGAUUUAAAAAACAACAAGAAUUGUAUAGUGAGGAGAAACACAUAUUUUGAAGGUUCUUGAAAAAUCAGAUUAUUUUGUAUUCCAAUAAGAAGUUAGUAUGAA